AUGGCGGAGAACGGCGGCGCGGAGGAGGCGGGCGGGUCCACGCUGUGGAUCGGCGAUUUGGGGUACUGGAUGGAUGAGGCGUAUCUUCAUCAGUGCUUCGCCUCCGUCGGCGGCGUCGCGAGCGUGAAGAUCAUACGAAACAAACAGACGGGGUACAGCGAAGGCUACGGUUUCGUGGAGAUGUGCGACAGAGCCACCGCGGAGCACGCGCUGCGCGCCCUGAACGGCACGCAGAUGCCGAACGCGCAGCAAAACUACCGCCUCAACUGGGCGUCCUUCGGGGUCGGCGCGCGCUUCGCCGGCGGCGGCGACGGCGGCGCCACCAACUCCAACGACCACUCCAUCUUCGUCGGCGACCUGCCCCCCGAGGUGAACGACUUCAUGCUCCAGGAGGUGUUCUCGUCGAGGUACGCGAGCGUGCGAAACGCGAGGGUCGUCACGGACCCGGCGACGGGCCGCUCGAAAGGGUUCGGCUUCGUGCGCUUCGCGGACGAGAGCCAGCGGGACCGCGCGCUAGUGGAGAUGAACGGUCUCGCGUGCGGGUCGCGGAACAUGCGGAUAUCGCUCGCGAUCCCGAGGAAGAACAUGACCGUGGGGUACCAGGGCGGCGGCGGCGGCGGCGGCGACGGCGGCGGCGGCGGCGGCGGCGGCGGCGGCGGCGCGAGGGACGACGGCGACGACAACUGCACCGUCUUCGUCGGCGGCUUGGGAUCGAUAUCCGACGCGGAGCUCCGGAUACACUUCGAGCCGUACGGCGAGCUCGUGUACAUCAAGAUCCCGCACGGUAAAGGGUGCGGGUUCGUGCAGUUCGCGCAGCGGUCGUGCGCGGAAGCCGCCAUCGCGGGUCUGAACAACGCUCUGAUCGGCACCUCGCGCGUUCGUCUGUCGUGGGUGCGCUCAAACCCAGGCGGCGGCGGCGGCGGCAUGGGGAUGAUGGGCGGCAUGGGGAUGGCCCCCGGGCGGGGCAUGGGCGCGAUGGGACCGAUGGGCGGACCCGGGAUGGGAGGUCCGAUGGGCGGCGCGUACGGCGGGUAUCCGGGGUACCCCCCACAAAUGGCGUUCGGUAUGGGGAAUCCCGGCAUGGGGAUGGGGAUGUACGGUGGGAUGGAUCCGAACGCGUACGCGAUGUACGCCGCCGCGGCCGCGGCGGGGGAUCAGAACGCCGGCGCGUACAUGGCCGCGGCGGCGGCGCAGGCGCAGGCGAGACCGCUUCCCGUACGACAAAACCCGUUCGCGCGGCGCGCGCCGUUCCUUGAGGACUGA